CUUUCCUCAUUGUCAAACGAGAGGCCCAAAUGAGUGACAGGUGCAGCACCCUUUAUCCUCUGACGAAACACACACUGCCUCAAAAAAUGCCAAUAAAAUAGACAAGCCAAACAUUUGCAUAUCCUUGUUUCCCUUAGCAAAUUCAAGUGUCUCAGUGAAAGUUCUCCCUCCAUGGCCAAGCCCAUAUCAAUUGAAGUAUGGAACCCGAAUGGCAAGUACAGAGUCAUCAGCACCAAAUCCAUGCCUGGAACCCGGUGGAUCAAACUCUUGACUGAUCAGGAUUGUCGCGUUGAGAUAUGCACUGAGAAUAAAACCAUACUUUCUGUGGACGACAUCCUUGCCCUCAUCGGUGAUAAAUGUGACGGAGUAAUUGGUCAGUUGACAGAAGACUGGGGGGAGGUUCUCUUCUCUGCUCUUAGGAGAGCAGGAGGUACUGCCUUCAGUAAUAUGGCAGUUGGUUAUAACAAUGUUGAUGUGAAUGCUGCUACGAAGUACGGAAUAGGCGUUGGAAACACCCCGGGAGUUCUUACAGAGACAACAGCAGAAUUAGCUGCAUCACUUUCUCUGGCAGCAUCUAGGCGAAUAGUUGAAGCAGAUCAGUUCAUGAGAGCUGGGUUAUAUGAUGGAUGGCUUCCUCAUUUGUUUGUCGGAAACUUACUCAAGGGACAGACAGUAGGAGUAAUUGGAGCAGGGCGAAUCGGAUCUGCAUAUGCUCGGAUGAUGAUUGAGGGAUUCAAGAUGAACCUCAUAUACUAUGAUCUCUAUCAGGCAACUAGACUAGAGAAGUUUGUUACAGCAUACGGCCAGUUUCUGAAAGCUAAUGGAGAACAACCUGUAACUUGGAAGAGAGCUGCAACCAUGGAGGAUGUCCUCAGAGAAGCUGAUGUGAUAAGUCUUCACCCAGUUUUGGAUAAAACUACAUACCAUUUGAUCAACAAGGAGAGGCUGGCCAUCAUGAAGAAGGAAGCCAUCCUUGUAAAUGCAAGCCGAGGACCAGUCAUUGAUGAGGUUGCCUUGGUCGAGCAUCUGAAAGUGAAUCCAAUGUUCCGAGUUGGGCUUGAUGUGUUUGAGGAUGAACCUUACAUGAAACCAGGACUUGCUGACCAGAAAAAUGCUGUCGUCGUUCCUCACAUUGCAUCUGCUUCCAAGUGGACGCGUGAAGGAAUGGCUACUCUAGCUGCUCUAAAUGUUCUGGGAAAAAUCAAGGGAUACCCAAUAUGGACUGAUUUAAAUCGGGUUGAUGUUUUCUUGGAUGAGAAUUCUCCACCACCAGCUGCUUGUCCAAGCAUUGUCAAUGCAAAACAACUUGGCAUUUCUGCUUCUAAGCUUUAAGGGAAUACUGAUGAUACCUGCCUCUUAAGACUAAACGUGGAGUACAUAAUAAUGCUAGGGGUGGAUAAAAAGUAAUCGAGCUAUUCAGUUCUCAAGGUGGUCUUCUAAUGGCUUAUAUAUGCGCAAAUAUAUAGAUAUAUAGUGAGUCGAAAUGUACGUCUAUUCAACUUUUUAAGUAUUUCAUUUUUAAUGGUCAUAUGAGGAUGUUUAAAACAAUAUAUGUUCGUUUUUCAUAUGAGGAUGUUUAAAACAAUAUAUGUUCGUUUU